UGUACUAAGCGGAUAGAUUUAGAAAUUCAUAAUUUCGAAGAAUAAAUCACGGCGAGUAAAAUCCAGGACGAUUCUAAUCGGACAGUCUAAUCAUUUUAAUAAUCUAAUAAUGAUAUGAUAAUACGUAUUAACCUAAUAUUAAUCUAACGAAACGACUGCGCUCUAUUAGAAUCUAUUCUGUUCAAACAGAUUCUAAUAGAACACAGUUGCACUUGGCAAACGGCCUGGUUUCGCGCGAGACGCAGCCGAGCGCGCGACAGGAAGCGGCUCGAAUCGACGACGAAGAAGAAGAAGAAGAACAAAGAAGCCUCGGCGGAUCCCGAACCGCCCGCGGGCCAGCCCCGAGUUGCCCGUCGUCUUCGGUGGACGUCCGAGGUCCCCCCCGAAGAGCCGCCGAAGACCCCGCGCUCUGAGGAGACGACGUCGUCGUGACGCGUGUCGUCUCCGCGCCCCUCGGGGCCCCAGAGUGUCCUCCCCCCCGAGACCGGAAGGAGGACCCGGCAGCCGCUGCCCCCCAUGGAGACCGUCCCGCUAGCCGACCGACCCUGCCACCGCGCAGGAAUACCGAAAAACGAUUCCGGCGGGGGCGUGUACCCCUCCCGGUGGCCGCCGUCGGUGACGACCGUUGUCCAGCAGCUCCCAAAUGCGAACGACCCCGUGGUGCUGCCCCCUCCGUGCCAAGCACCUUCCACGUCGACCGCUGAAACGGGACGUCCAUUACACUCGCAACGCAUGGCGAACGACCCUGUGGCUCUGCCCUCUCUACGCGCUGCACCUGCCUUGUCGACCGACGAACAGGUACAACCAUUACACUCGCAACGCAGCCCGAGCGCUUUCUUGCCUUGUGCCCACGGUCAUCCUCUCGUACUACCACAGCUGCUGCUUCCCGCACGGAGGAAGAAGGUGUCGCCCCGCUGCCGCCACUUUCACGGGUGUGGUCCGCCCUUACCUAACGUCCAUAUUCGCUCUGAACCUGCUGCCUCUACUCGCCUCUGCGCUUCUACGCUACCGCAAAUCCAGGCGUUCGUGGGUGUCGGCGCUGAAGUCGACGAAUCGCGGCCCGUACACGGCGACGUUAGCGCCGGCCUGUCCACCGAAGAACAGUCGACUACGCGGCGGGGGACGGCAUCCCGACCGGUCGCCAACCGAAAAAAACGGCUGUCAGCUUGCCGCCAUCGAACGGCGGCGACGUCGGCCUGAAGGUUGUCGUCCCAAGACCACGAGGUAAUGCGGUUGUCAACCGACAGCACGAGACCUCAUCGAUCAUGUGGUGACUCCUCGCUUAAUAAGCUGACUGGGCUUGUUGGUUGGAAGCUGGUUGGGCAAGUUGGUUCCCCCUGCAGCGACUGCGUGUGCUGCGCGUGUAGAAGACACGUAUGAGCCAUAGCCUGAGGCUAUGUGUCGGCGAACUGGCAGAGGAGGCCAAGCGAUUCCUGCACUACUGUCAGAGUUUGUUUUUGGCGGCCAAGGAAAGACCACAGUUUUCGUGUUUUUUUUUUUUUUUUUUUUCAAGGGCAUAAGGAAUACCGGUUCCUGCGGGAAGUAGUCAUGAUAGCACCGAGUGUCUGGCGGGGCUGCUGACGCGCUAGGGUGACUGACUGCAAAGACUGAUGUCCCAUGUUGCGCAUUGGUGACGUGGCGACAACGUACAAGUGUGGGCCACUGGCUGAGCUUUUUUUUCUUUUUCUUGGUUUUCACUUCGUUUUUGUUUUUUAUAUGUAGCUGAACGAGCAGCCAUGAAAAACAGCUUUUCAUUUCUUUUAAAUUCUUUAUUCUCGCACAAACGAGGAGGUGUAUACCAAUAAAGAAAGUGUGUGUUGCCUA